GUUAUUGCAGCGGAGCAGAGCACAGCUGGGUCUGGGUCUUUAGCUCUCAAAUAUCACUUUACUUCCAUCGUGCUUUCGCCUGACAGCGAACCGCUUCCUCCCGGUCUCCCGCCGCUUCAGACACAUCUUGUAGCCGCUGACGUUGCUCCUUCUUCGGCGGGUGUCUUGUGCCGUCUGUGUGCUCACGAGAGGAUGGUUUUGUCAACAUCACAGCAAGUCGCCCUGGCUUUCACGGCCGUGCUCUUCACGUUUGUCGUGCUGCCCAGGCUGUUUGGCGUCGGCGGCGGGUCCGGGGCGAAGGAAGCUCCCAGUAGAUUUGACUCUCGCUACGCCAGAAAAGCGGGUCCGGGCCCGGGUGCAGUGAGAGGUCAGCCCAUCAACCUGAACGCCCCCGGCUCACCUCAGACCCCUGAGAACAUGCAGCAGAUGAAGAAGCUGAUGGAGCAAGAGCUGAAGGGCGACAAGUACAAAUCCAACAGCAACAAGGGCUACGUGUUCACACUGAUGCCUCUCUACGCCAUCGGAGUUGGAGUGUUUGCUGCCUACAAGUUUUUGAAGAUCAAGUCUGCAGAUGACCAAGCACAGAAGGACAAAUUUGCAAAAGGGGCCAAAAAGUCAGUGGAGGCAGAGAACCAGUUGAACGAGCUGGAACAAAGGCUGGCGCAGACGGAGAGGAUGCUCAAUUCCAUCCUCACCCAGCUGGACCCGAUCACUAACUGUGUGAAGUCUGUGGCCCAGGAGCAGAAGAAUGAGAUCAUGUCUCAACUCCAGACCAUCCGGUACCUGAUGAAGAAGAGAGGAAUGGACUGUCCGCCCCUUAACAUCAACGAGGCAUCCUGCGGGCGUAAUCUGGACGACCUCAUCGAGUCACUCGGAGCCAAUGACACCUCUGCAGUGGAAGCUUCUCUGGACAAGCUGAGCUCUGCGGGAACAGCAGAGGCUUCUGAAAAGGUCUAUCAAAAGAGUUUGGAAGCUAAAGUUGAAGCUGCAACUGAAGGUGAAGAGAUGAAGGAGCUCAUACCGGAGGAAUCUGAAGGGGAAGCAGAGCAAGAAGGGAAUGUGGAGGAGGAUGAUAAAGAGGAGGAGGAGGAGGAGGAGGAGAAAGAAGGACCGGAGUACUCUGAGCUCAUGCCUUCACUAGAGGACUCAUGUGAGACAAACAUUGAGGAGGUCGGAGCGGAGCAGCGUGCGUCAGGCCUCAGACGACGCAACAGGCCUGAAUGAACUCACUGCAGGACUUCUGCACUGUACAGAAAUGAAUUAAUAUGAAUAUUUAUUACCUGAAAGGCUUUCAUUCCAAAAGGCUGUGUGCAUAUUCAUCCAAAACAUAUAUAUUGCAUUCAUAAGAACCAAUAACCCCAUAAGGAAAGAAACAGUAAACACAUAGGGCUCUGUUUUCCUGCUGUUAUUGCUCGUAUAGGUGCAGUGUGCUGUGUGCAAAAGGUGUUUGGGGAUUAGUAAUCAUCCUCUCAGUCAGUCACAUUACUUGUCUUAUAACAUUUUAAUAGCUGUGCCAAUCACAGUGGGGUGUGACACAAAAAUCACCAAGCAGCAUGUGUGGCAUUACAAAUCUGUUCUAUGUGGUUCUAGAUAGAACCACCAAAUAUUAACAUUGGGCUGAACACAGAUGAGAGGCUCCAGAAACUUCCUAUCUCAAGAUAAGAUUGCUUAUUGAUAAGGUUAGUUAGGAUUUGCUUCUGCAAUACCAAAUUCAUCUUAUCUUAAAAUAAGCCCAAUGACAAGUGAUAUAAAGAGGCUGGCAGCUUUUCUGACCAAAGAGCAGAAGAAAACUGAUGAAAUGCACAAUAAUAGAGCAGCUGGACGGAUUACACAAGUUAGCUAACACUACCUGGUGGAAAAGUGAACGCUAGAACAGCUGAACAGUUAUCCUAACGUUAGGAAUGUUUAUUUAAGAUUGUGGGAAGUUAGGAUGUUUAUGUUAUUCACUUUUGCUAUCUUAAGUCAGGACAGGAACGUUGACUUUGGAACAGCUCAUCAGAACAGCUUUUUUCCUAAAUAAGGUCCUCACCCUGGUAACCGUGGUUCCCAACAGUUAAGAAAAGAAGUUUCUGUAAUAUAAAAUUCUGUCCUUCCCCUUAUUUUCAUUCCUAACUUAACAUCCCCCACAGAUCUGUAUACAGAAACAUGUGCAUGAUUGAACAUUCUCACCACACACUGUGUUUUGAUAUGUGUGAGGAAGGUUGUUUGUGCAUACAUAUUGUUUAUGCAUCUUGCCCCAGGUCCUCAGACAUCCAUUCUCCCCACCCUCUCACUUUUGGACCACGCGCACUGCACUGGGCACAAAAAUACAGCAGAGACGUAGGAACCACAGGUUAGAGGUACUUAUUUAAGUCUUUGUGUUGACUUGAAAAUGGAGCCCACAAUGUCCUUUACUUACCUGUUGUCACUUAUUAUCACAUUUUUAAACUUGCCUGAUUUUGGGAUGGGAUUUCUACAUUAUUCUAUACAUAGUUUUUGUUUUACUAGCUCUGUGCUCGAAUGCUGAAUCCAAACAUUUAAGGCGUAUAAUCUACACUGAAGGAGGUAGUGGUCAGUGUCACCUGUUGCUGCUUAUUAGCCUUUCCCAUUCCUUUCUCAUGGUGGACAACUCGUCGAACACAGGUGUAACUAAUAAUAACAAACAUGGCUGCAUUCCAUUCAAGUCUUGCAGUUCGUGGGUCCUGGUACCGUGCAUGGCUUACUGACAUGUCUUACUGGGACAAUUGAAUGGAACAAAACCAUUGUUAAUAUUCGUUCCACCAGUGCUUUUCCUGCUAUGACGAGAAAACCUGCAAUGAAAAGAGUCUUUUGACGUGAUAAUUCCACUAUGAUAAAUGCCACAGGUGUGUUAGUGUAGAGAAAAUGUGCUGUCAUUGUUUUCAUUGUCUGAACUCUGUGCCAUCCUGUAAUGCCACCCUCAACCCCUGCUAGGUAUGAGAAAAUCGCUGAGAUGAAUUAUUUCAUGACAAAACCCAUAGAAAUCUUGCCAUAAUGUUACUUUCCUAUUUUAUUAACAUAUACUAAUUCAUUUUUAUCUCGAAGGGAUUGACACUAAUGUUGCUGGAUGUGACUGCAGAAUAUUAUACACGUACACUAAAAGUGUGAACUCGGGGUUGUGACAUGUUUAUACAUCAAAACGUAACUGCAUGAUUUUAUUUUUCAUGAUUUUGAUGAUUUUUUGCCUGCACAUUGUGACUGCAUGACGUUUUUUAAUGUAUUUAUUCGAGAGGAUAAUGACAAUCAUUUGAUCAAACAGAAACACAUGAACUGACAUCUCUCUUUCCACUGUUGUGUUACUUUUUUAGACCAGCGUUAUUUUGCAUGCUUCCAUGUUUGUUGGAUACCAGUAUCGUAGAGAGGAAUCACUUUGCCUUAUAUUUCAAUAAUUGUGUGAAGUUGUGAUUUGAUAUCCUUGUGAGAGGUCACUGUGAGGAGGCUUUCAGGUUGUUUCCAUGUUGUCUGUUGUUUGUUGACAUCAAGUUACUAUAACGGUACUCUAACUCUAAUUACAACAACCUAAUUCCUGAUUUUAUUUUAAAUGAAAAACACUCUUGCACCAGAGUUACAUCAGACAUUAAUCACAGUAUGUAUGAUCAGUUUUACAUUAUAUGUCCCUGCCUGUUACAGAUUAGCACACAGUCAUUUCAUUUAACUGUGCAGUGUAUAAUAGUAGCUCAUAUGUUGAUGUAAAAUGUGAUAAAAAUCAACAUAGAGAGUAGUGAUUAUCAUUUUUGCCUAAACGAGAUGCUUGUAUAGAAUUUGUCAUAAUAGAUCAAAGUAUGAAUUCUUCUUAUUGUGAAGCCCAAAAAUCAUUGCCUUAUCAGUGAGUAGAUAUUUGAGCUGUGCACACUACAGGAUGUCUGGGUCGCCUUCAUAUUUUCCUAUGUUCCCACACACAAGUUUUACAUGUAAUAUGUUAUUGCCACACCUUGAGAACCACAAAUAUUUGCCUUAAUUUAUUUUGUAAAUGUUUUGUAAGUUCUUCCCAUUUAUGCAUAGUUCCAUUUCUGUAUUGAAUGUUGUGUUUCACGUGGGGAUGAGUGAGGGAACUCAGCUCGCCUUAGUAGAAAAUAAAGCGACUAACAAAGUGACACUGUUGCUCUGCAUGACUUUUGAACAGGUGAUGU